AUCAUGACUCACGAGAUCCAAGACUAUAUGUCCCGCAUUUUGAAAUUCAAAAUUCAAAUCUCAACCCUCACAGCACAGUAACACAGAAAAUCGGACCAGAAGAGAGAGAGAGACAGAAAUGGAAGAAGAGAAACAACCUCCUUCGCCGUUACCGAACCCUAAAUUUUCUUCUUCAUCUACAGCAUUCAAAGACAUUUCUAACUUCAAAACCCCCAAAAGACCUAAUAAUCAAAAACCUAAUUUCCAAUCACCAUUUCCUCAUUUCUUUACAGCCUCAAAACAAAGUCCACCACCAUCUUCUUCAUCCAAAUCAGUUAUUAAGCGUCGCCCUUCAAUUAUUCCAUCUACUCCAUCAACAAAUGCCCGUCGCCGUACUUCAAUCUGUCCAUCUACUCGAUCUAAAGCCGCUGCUAGAAGACUCAAAGCAUUUGAGCUUGAACAAUCUCAGUCAUGUAGAAAAGCGCAAUCUCGAAAACAAAAAUCACUCGAAUCGUUAUCUAAAUCACUCUCCUUUUGGCUGAAUUUUCUGUUCGAAAACCCUAAGUCUUGCGGUUGUGAUGUUUCUUUAUUGCCAGGAGAAGGAACUGAUCGAGGGGAACAAUCGAGAAAUGGGAAACGUGAUAGUGGAGUUGGAAUUAGACUUUCGACUGAUGGAACUUGGAGGAGUCCUAAACGGCUGAAGGAUUCCUCUGGAAGUAGCAGUGGAGACGGCUUGGUGUUAUCGUCUGCGAUGUUUAAUUCUCUGAAAGUGUCGUUGAAUGAUGUUUGCAGCCUUGAUGAUUUGAAGCAGCGGAUGAGGGAGUAUUUGAGUUUGGAUUGCUGCAAAGAGGUCUUCUCAAUGAUUAGUCAAGUAGCCAAGAUUAUAGAUGAGGGGAGAUUAAAGAUGAAGGCACAUUGUCCCAUGGUAACGGAUGUAGGAAUGAAGCAGAAGGCUAUAAAAGUACUAAUGAAUUAUAAUCCAACAUGGCUCCGAAUUGGAUUGUAUAUUGUUUUUGGCGGUGAUUCCUUGCUACCUGUUGGAGAUGUGAAUUCUAAUCAGGAACUCGUGUUUUUAAAGAUGGUGUUGGAGAAGCAGUUCCUUUCUCAUUUGGGUCUUGCGAAAACUUUUGCUUACAACAAAUUGGUCGAAGGCCUGUACAGACCUGGUCAUUUUGAGGCCCUGGGGAAUGUUAUACUUAAAAGGUUCCUACUGCUUGUUCUUGUACUUGAUAAAGCUAAGUCCCUGAGCAGCCUUCCCAUUAAAUAUGGUAUUGAUGGAACUGAUGGGGGUUCUCCUCUGUUGUUCUGUCGUCAAUCGAAUAUUAAAUCGAGUCGACAAGUGAUUUCCGAGUUCUUGUCGACGGAUGUGAUGCAUGGGGAAGGUAACCUUCUUGCGCAUUUAGUAAUAGUAGGAUACAAAGUAUCAUAUCAACAGAGUUCACUCCUUGAAUAUGACUUCAGAAUCACAGAGCUAUUUGAGGAUCUACAAGAUGGUGUACGAAUUUGCAGAGCAAUUCAGCUCUUGCAACAUGAUGCCUCGGUUCUUACGAAAAUGGUGGUUCCUUCCGAUAACCGUAAGAAGAAUCUGGUGAAUUGUGGUGUUGCUUUGCAAUAUCUCAAACAGGCUGGGGUGCAAUUACUUGAUGAAGAUGGGGUGAUGAUAGUAGCCGAAGAUGUUGCCACGGGCGAAAAGGAACUCACACUUUCUUUGCUUUGGAAUAUGUUUAUUCAUUUACAGUUGCCUCUGCUAAUUAACAAAAUGCUGUUAUUUGAAGAAGUAUCCAAAGUUAAAGCAGCCAAUGUGGACUACUCAUGGUGUAUUACCUCUAGCCAGUUGGAUUUGCUUCUGGAAUGGAUUCAGUCAAUCAGUGGAAAGUAUGAGCUCAAGAUUGACAGUUUUACAUCUUUGAUUGAUGGUAAAGCUCUGUGGUGCUUGAUUGACUAUUAUUUUCGAAAUGAACUGCUUUCUGCAUGUUCACGUGAGGAUUCUCAAAAUGGUAGUGAUGAAUUAUCUGUUCUGUGGACUGGCAUAAGUACAGAUGCUGUUCACAACUUCACUUUGGCGCAGAAACUUGCAUCAAUGUUAGGAAGCUUUCCAGAGGUAUUGCAAAUCAGUGAGGUACUUGAAAAUAAUGGUGCUUGUAAUGAAAGGAGUGUAAUAAUUCUGUUGGUGUUCCUCUCGUCCCAAUUGAUUGGCAGGAAAAAUAUGGAGCUUCUGCAUAUCCACAAACUGUUGGGUUGCAGUUAUCAAAGUCCAGAGAUGAAACGUUCAAGUUUGGAUAAAUGUUUUAUGAAUGUUAAACCUCCGGAGAACCAGAAUGGACUGGAUGAUUGUAGCAGUGAAUAUUCAGUCAGAAAUUUUAAAGUUGUCCAGGCCUGGUGGAGAGAUUUGGUAAAAAAAAACCAUUGCUGUAAUACUCAACAGAAUUCUCCUGGCACUGACAUCAAAAGCGAAAAUGCAGCAAGGCUUAUCCAGUCUCACUUUAAAAGAUUUGUUGAGCGCAAAAACUUUCUGAAGAUCAAGGCUGCGACCUCCUUUCUGCAAACUGUUUUUCGGGCUUGGCUAAUGGUGAAAAGUGCCAGACACUACAACAAAUCAAAUGCCAUAUUUCAUUACCAGCUUUCUUCUGAAAAUCAUAAGCACCCAAUAAUUUUCCGUAGAUACCUUAAUUUCAUGGUUGAGCGGAACAGCUUUAUCAGGUUAAAAAAUUCCGUCCUGCUAAUUCAGCGCACUGCUAGGAAAUGGAUUAGACAACGCUCUGCUGCAACAAAGAUUCAGAGUCAUUGGCGUGGCUGGUACAUGAGAAGAGAGUUUUUACACCUGAAGAAAGCAGUUAUUAAGAUUCAGAGUGGCUUCCGAUGUUUAAAAGCUUGGAGAAAUUACAAUCAAUAUAUCUCUGCUGCAACAAAGAUUCAGAGUCAUUGGCGUGGCUGGUCCACGAGAAGAGAGUUUUUACACCUGAAGAAAGCAGCUAUAAAGAUUCAGAGCUGUUUCCGAUGUCUAAAAGCUUGGAGAAAUUAUAAAGAAUAUAGGCUGGUAUCUAAGUCAGCAACUAUUAUUCAGUCCCAUUUUCGUGGAUUCAUUUCCCGAAGAGAGGCAGCUAGAGAACGGGAAUGUAUUAAAGUGAUCCAAAGUUAUUGGAAAUGCUUUUUGAUGAGGAAAGUGUUUGUAUACAAAAGAGAAGCGGUCAUAAAGAUUCAAAGUAGCUUUCGAUGCACGAAGCUUCGGAAGGAGUUUUUACGGUAUAAAUAUGCAGCUAUUGAGAUUCAGCGAUUCGCCAGAGGACAUAUUGCUCGAAACAGGCUACCAGGUUCAUCGUGCCUUGGGUCAGUCAUUGAUACUGGUUCUACCUAUCAGAAUUCAAGAAGCUGUCAGAGCCUUGAAAAGAGAAUUUUGCUAUACUCGGUGCUUAAACUACAGAGGUGGUGGAAGAGAGUUCUGUUGUUGAAAUCUAGAAGAACGAGAUCAGCCGUUGUGGUUCAGUCUUACAUUCGUGGGUGGCUUGCCAGGCGAGAGGCAAAUAGAGAGAGAAAUCGAGUUGUUGUGAUCCAAUCAUAUUGGAAAGGUUAUCUCGCACGCAAAGAGGCAAGAGGUCAGCUGGUUGAUUUAAGGCUCAGAGUGCAGAAAUCUGCUGCAAAUGUGGACGAUGGCAUGCGACUUAUCAACCGACUAGUAGCUGCGGUUUCAGAACUUCUUAGCUUUAGAAGUGUGAGCAGCAUUCUUCAUACCUGUGCAACUUUAGAUGUUACCACUCAACAUUCGCAGAAAUGUUGUGAGACACUCGUUGCGGCUGGAGCAAUCAAGACUUUACUGAAGUUGAUAAGCUCUGUAAGCCGCAGCAUUCCAGAUCAAGAGGUUCUGAAACACGCACUUUCAACCCUAAGAAAUCUUGCCUCUUAUCCAGAUUUGGCACAAUUGUUGAUAGAUACAAAUGGAUCUAUAGAACUUAUCUUAUCGGAGAUGCUAAGAAACAAGGAAGAAGGAUUUUUUAUUGCUUCCCAAGUUUUGAAGAUGCUAUGCAGAAUACCUAAAGGUGUUCAAACUAUUCGCCAGCUACCUGCACUCUUAAAGAGGCUUAAAAGCCUUGUCGAUGAUCUGAAACGGAGAGUAGCAACAGAUAAGAAGAAUGCACGCUCUCAGCUGGGGAAAGACCACAAUGAAAGGAAGCUGAAAGAAGCUAUGGAGCUUUUGAAACUGAUAUCAAAGUAGCUAAAAUGGUGUAAUGUUAGAUAUUUCUAACUCUUCGUAUGUAAAGCUGGUCUGAAGAUCUUCGGCCGUAAAACUUACUGACAAUCUUCUCUCUAAAGGUUGUAUGUAGUUGCUUGCUUACCUUUGAAGUGGUUAAAAGUUUAACCUUAGAUGAUCAUCCUUUUUCUUAUGAAAUCAAAAAGCCCUUUGUAAUAAAUACACCAACCUACUGAUGACAAACUCAUCCCCACUUCACCCGUUUGGUCAUCGUUAAGGGUUCUAACUUCUAAAUUAGAGCAUUU